GAGAGAGAGCAGAGAAAGCAGAGAGCACGGGAGACGGGACAGGAGGAGAAGUCUCCAAAAUCCAAAAGCUUCCACUCACACUCACAGCGCGUCCCCCACUAGCACUCCGGCUUUCCGUUUGGGCUCGGCCGCACAUGCCGACACUACCCAACAACAUUAUUGAUGACUUGAUGUGCCGUCGCAAAGCGGCGCAAGAGAACAAAGAGCCCAGCGCCACGCGCGCGCACGAGCAAGCGAGUGAGUAUGCAGCAGCAACCACUGAUCCCUCCUCCUGCUGCGGCCCCGCUUCCCCUUCCACCGCGCAUGCGGCCGCCAAGGGAUCGCGACGCCGCAUCCGCCAGGCCGCCGGAGCAGCAGCACCGGCAGCGGCUGGGGCAGGAGCCGCGGCCGUGGCGCGCGGCGGAGGGUCCCCCGGCGCGCGAGGCUCCCGUCGCGGCCGCCAGGACCAGGUCGCCGGAGCCGAGGAAGAAGAACCACCUCGCUGCGGAGGGUCCCCCGGCGCCCGAGGUUCCCGUCGCCGCCGCCAGGACCAGGCCGUCGGAGCCGAGGAAGAACCACCUCGCUGCGGCGGAGGGUCCCCCCGCGCGCGAGCCUCUCGUCGCUGCCUUGUCGAGGCCACCGGAUCAGCCUCACGGCGCGCCAGAGGGCCGCACGGCUCACGAGUCUCCCGUCGCCCCCGUGGCGAGGCCCCCGGCCCCGGAGGACCGCGAGCCUCCCGUGGCCCGGCCGCCGGAGCCGCGGCCGGGGCCGUACUACGCGCCGGUGGGGCACGCGGGUCCCGCCGCCGCGACCACGCACGGGCCGCCGCCACCACCGGAGCCGCCGCGUGAACCGUGGCCGUACCCGCCGUACUACUACAUCGAGCCGGAGCCCGCGCGGCGCAGGAGGCGCACCUCGGCCCUGGCGUCGUGCCUGGCGGCGGCGGCGUUCCUCCUGCUCGCCGGUGGCAUCGCUGCGACGGCGCUGUUCCUCCUCUUCCGCCCGCACCCCCCCGACAUCGCGGUGGCCGCGGUGCGGCUGCCGUCCUUCGCGGCCGCCAACGGCACCGUGGCCUUCACCUUCGAGCAGCUGGCCACGGUGCGGAACCCGAACCGCGCGCCGCUCUCCCACUACGACAGCUCGCUCCGCGUCGCCUACGCAGGCGGCGAGCUGGGGUCCGUCUACAUCCCCGCGGGCCUCAUCGACGGCGGCGGCUCCAAGCGCAUGUCCGCCAGCUUCGCCGUCCAGGCAUUCCCCGCCGCGGUACCGCCGCCGCUGGAGAUGGCCGCGCAGCAGCCGGCGGCGGCGGCCGUGGUGAUGGAGGUGGACUCGUUGCUGGUGGUCAAGGGGAGGGUCACGAUGCUGCGGGUGCUCACGCACCGGGUGCAGGCGGCCAAGUUGUGCCGCGUCGGCGUCUCGCCGGUUGACGGCAGGGUGCUUGGCUUCCGUUGCUGAUCACUCGCUUGCUAGUUGCUUCUUGUGAUGUUUAGGUUCUGGAUUGAAAUGUAAGAAAUUUAGGGUUUUGAUUGUAAGUGUAAGAAAUUAAUGACGCCAGAAUUUUACAGGAAACAGCGCAGCUUCUAGUAUCA